CCCCCGCAGCAGUUCCCCCAGUUCCACGUCAAGUCGAGCCUGCAGAUCAAGAAGAACGCCAUCAUCGACGACUACAAGGUCACCAGCCAGGUCCUGGGACUGGGCAUCAACGGGAAAGUUUUGCAGAUCUUCAACAAGAGGACCCAGGAGAAAUUCGCCCUCAAAAUGCUUCAGGACUGCCCCAAGGCCCGCAGAGAGGUGGAGCUGCACUGGCGGGCCUCCCAGUGCCCACAUAUCGUGCGUAUCGUGGACGUCUACGAGAACCUGUAUGCAGGGAGGAAGUGCCUGCUGAUAGUCAUGGAGUGUUUGGAUGGUGGAGAACUCUUUAGCCGGAUCCAGGACCGAGGAGACCAGGCAUUCACAGAAAGAGAAGCAUCAGAAAUCAUGAAGAGCAUAGGCGAGGCCAUCCAGUAUCUACACUCAAUCAACAUUGCUCAUCGAGAUGUCAAGCCUGAGAAUCUCUUAUACACCUCCAAGAGGCCAAACGCCAUCCUGAAACUCACUGAUUUCGGCUUUGCCAAGGAAACCACCAGCCACAACUCUUUGACCACUCCUUGUUAUACGCCAUACUAUGUUGCUCCAGAAGUGCUGGGCCCAGAGAAGUAUGACAAGUCCUGUGACAUGUGGUCCUUGGGGGUCAUCAUGUACAUCCUGCUGUGUGGGUAUCCCCCUUUCUAUUCCAACCAUGGCCUUGCCAUCUCUCCGGGCAUGAAGACUCGUAUCCGAAUGGGCCAGUAUGAAUUUCCCAACCCAGAGUGGUCAGAAGUAUCAGAAGAAGUGAAAAUGCUCAUUCGGAACCUGCUGAAAACAGAGCCCACUCAGAGAAUGACCAUCACGGAGUUUAUGAACCACCCCUGGAUCAUGCAAUCAACAAAGGUCCCUCAAACCCCACUGCACACCAGCCGAGUCCUGAAGGAGGACAAGGAGCGGUGGGAAGAUGUCAAGGAGGAAAUGACCAGUGCCUUGGCCACAAUGCGCGUUGACUAUGAGCAGAUCAAGAUAAAAAAGAUUGAAGAUGCAUCCAACCCUCUGCUUCUGAAGAGGCGGAAGAAAGCCCGGGCCCUGGAGGCUGCGGCCCUCGCCCACUGAGCCGCCGAGCCCCUCCUGCUCACUGGAGGACAAGCAAUAACUCUCUACAUGAAUAUAUUUUUAAACCGAAGAGACAAAGAACUGUCCACGUCUGCCUCUUCUCCUCAGCAGCAUGGAGCCCGGAACUGCGUCAGUGGCUGAAUUCUGCCUUUGGUUUUGGCCACCCCAGAGUGGGAGAAGCUGGGAAGUUGGGAGGCUGCGGAGAGAAGCGAGCAAGGUGCUCUUGAACCUGUGCUCAUUUUGCAAUUUUAUCAGUAAUUUGACUUAGAAUUUUUAAGAAACCUCUUUUGUUGUCCUUUUCCCCACUCCUCCUUCCCACCAGACCCCUUCCGCUCUGGAUACUGCAAAGGCUUGGGGUUUGUUAAAGGGUGUUUGUGGAAACCGUGAUAGGGAGUGUCCCCGUGUUGUCCCAUCUGCCCUCCCUGUUUCCUCAUGACAGUCUGGGGUUCCUGCUGGUUCAGGUGUUCUGGGAGCUCAAGGCCACCUUGGAGGAGGAUGCUACUCACCUCCUCUCCUGAAGCCCUCAGACAUCACCAGCGUGCCAACAGAUAAGGAGUGUGUGUGUGUGUGUGUGUGUGUGUGUGUGUGUGCAUGUGCGUGCGCGCACGUGCGCCCAGAUCUGUGCCUGGGAUCGUGCAGGCAGGGCUGCAGAGGGAGGGGGCCCUGCUGUGGCUCAAGAACCUUCUCCCUUCUUGGGCCCCCUGCUCAUACUGAGCCUGCCAAAGUGCCUGGGAAGCCCAUCCAGAUUCGGAGUCAGGCCCUCUAAGGCCUGUCCCUUUUAGCCAGGUUCCGGGAGGUUGAGAGGAGUGCCUGGGCACUGGCACGGUGAUCAGGAAGACUGGCCCCUGGCCCUGGCCCCCAGGACCUCCUUUUCAUUUAGUGCUGGCUCUGGGUCCUCUGAGGCGCUCAUCUCUGAAUAACCUCCUACACCCCUUUCUUGUCAUUAUUAGCCCAUUCUUGUUUAUUUUUCUUACAUUUUUAGCCAUUUCUCCAGGGGCUGCCUCAGCUCAUGUGGGUGAGCCUGGGCAGUUUACAUUGACAAAGAUUUUGCAUUUCUUGUGUGUCUCCUGGGCUCUGGGGGCAUCAGUUAGCUACCCCUUGUGGGCAAAGGCAGGGCCACUUUUGUGAUCCUCCCUCAAAUUUCCAUUGUGUGGCCUGGUGGGUGGGGGGAGUCUUUUCACCAAAGAUAUCCCGACUUUGCCCCCUUGCCCGUCAGCCAUUUGCCAUCACCCCCAAACUACUCAGCUCCCUGUGUUCAGGCCAGGGAGGGUAGGGACCUCCCCCAGCACAAGAGGAGGAGUUGCUGGGGAAAGGUCUCUGCCAUGAUUCCCUACCCCCUCUUCCCUUGGGGGAAGAGGUGGCAGGAACACUUCGGCUUUCCUCUCCCUCAGGGGCAGGUGGUGGAGAGGCACCAGGGUCUUUGCACAUGGUGGGAGGGCUCCAGGUGCCUGCAGCGCCUCCCUUGUCUCUGAUGGCAUGUCCAGCACUCAGAUUGUUGUAAACUGUUGUUUUGUAUGAGCAAAACUGUCUUUACUAAACAGAUUUAAUAGUUGAAA